GGUUGUUAGUCGAAAAGUGGUGUUGUGAGUGACAGGUUGUUUGUGGUUGUUGCAGGUGUUUAAAACAUCCCCUUAUUUUAGUUUUUCUUUUUUAUUCAUCAUAUUUUUGAUUUAGGUUAGUAUAAAUCGAUUUAUUAUGUCCGAGAUUCCCAAUGAGAUGAAUUCCGAAGAUUUUAAUUUAUUUCUGGGAAAUGUCGAUACAAAGGAUCUUUUAUUGGGUGAACUAGUUGAUGAGGUUAUUCCCGAUGCUUAUGAUGUAGUUCCAAGUAAUGAGAAUUUUUCGGGUCAUUAUAAUUUUGAUGUUUUAAUACCAUCAUCAAAAAGCUUAGUGUAUUCCCCAAAACUGGAAAAACUUUUCAUUAAAAUGUCAAAUGAUUUCACUGUUUUAUUCACCUGGAACUUCCACACUCGCUUUACAAGGCUUUUCGUCCGAGCCAAACCUCGUUUUAGUAACAGCGAAGAUGCAAACAAAGCGGUUAAGCGCUGCCUUCAACAUUCACACGAGGGCGAUCAUUCAAAUCAAGAUAAGAACGCUCCUAUUAGGCAUCAUAUUUUGCGGUGCAAAAAUACGCAAGCCUUGUAUGAAGGAGGUUUUGAUCAACAUUUUAGCGUUUGUCUUCCGUUAACUAAACCGGAAGUUGGGACUGAUUCCGUUGCGCAUACUUAUCAAUUUGUUUGCCAAAGUUCUUGCGCUUCGGGUAUGAAUAGAAGACCGAUUGAGGUUAUUUUUACUUUGGAGGAUGAAUGUGGUGAGGUGCACGGUCGGAAAUCAAUAAAUGUACGAAUCUGUUCUUGCCCAAAACGUGAUAAAGAGAAGGAAGAAGCGGAAGUUGGUGAGGCUCCUUUGGGGCAACCUCCCCCAAAUAAAAGAAGGAAGACAUCUAAAAAAAUGCAAGCUCAAUUAAUCGAGCAAGACGAAAAUAAAGAUACUGCAGUCCAUACAGUUACCUUCAAGGUGGUUGGUUCGAAAGGAAAAAAAGCUGCUCUCGAAGGUGUUUAUAAUAUACUCGCUGGGCAAAUGAUGUUGCAACCUGGACAUGAAGAUGUUUAUCGACCUUUACUCGAAGAUGUCAAAAAUCAAAUUCAUGAUUUUCUUUAAAAUCUUAUUAAGAAAAAAACUUUUUUUUACUUAUUAGGUUUAGUUAUAUAGUUGUAACUUUUAUAUAUUACUUAUUUUUUCUACUUAUCUAUUUUAAUUAACCUUCAUACAGUUAAAAUUGUGAUAAAAUUUUCAGUGCAAAAAAGUUUUGGAAGAUUUUUUUUGUUGAAUCAUUUACCAUUUAAGUAUUCGCUAUGAUAAUCAUUUUAGAGUGUAAUGUUUUCAUAAUAUCAACUAAUAUAUGUAUAUUUUUCAA